AUGGGUUUUCGCAACUUUAGCCUGGUUGUGCAGGUCCUGGUGGUCAUCGCACCCUUGACUACCGCCAGUGAGAGUACUGCUACAAGCUCCACGCGCACGUCUCCGUCCAGCGCAAAAGCGGCCACUGAUACGCUGAGCAUAACUGGCACCACAUUACCACGGAUUGCCCAGCAGGCAGAGCCAUGCGCAUAUCUCUGUUACGACGCCGCAUGUAUUGACUCGGGCUGUUCCGCCGGUGAUUUUGAUUGUGUUUGCGACAAUCCCAAUUCUCUCGUCGUCAAGAUGGGCAUAUGCGUGGGGGAUUACUGCGACGGCAGCGAAUCGAUUGACGCCGGCGACUGGGUUGCCGACAUGUGCAGUGCCUACAACAAGAGCCCAGCGAGCGCCGAAAUCGCAACAGCUUCGGCCAUCAUCGUUUCUGAAAUCGCAGCCGCAUCUGCCACAGCCACAACCGAUCCAGUUCCGUCCGGGACUAUCUCGGUAGAUUCUGGAGUGACGACCACAGAUUCGUCGUCAAAUCAAACAUCUUCAGGUUCUUCGGCUGACGGCAGCGCGUCCUCUUUUCUGUCACCACUUCUCGCGGGAUUUCUGGGAGGCGCAAUUGCGAUUGCUGCCAUCAGUUUUUAG